AUGUCAUUCAUUGACAAAGUUUUUGAAGCUGGAAGCUGGGAUGUUUCUCUUCCUGCUUCUCCAACUCCCCCAUCCAACACAGAGCAAGAACAAGGUGCACCUCUUGUGCUUUCUCCUGUCACUUCCCCAAUCAAUUGGAUGUCUGGUACACCUUCCACCCAAUCCACCAGGCCUGCUGACAAUGGGGCAAAGAAGAACUUUGUCUGGCAGGCUCAGGACAUCAAGCACCUUGUAGACACAAUCUACAUCAAUGAGUCAUAUCAGUGUGCAAUUCUCCCUUCUUGUUGCAAUGAAGCCAACAAGCCCACCAACAAGCUUUGCAAGGAUAUGGUCUAUUGUGACCUCAGCAGAUUGGUCUUCCCUGCCAGGUCUGUUGAUCCCUCUCACAUCAAGUUCAAGGACAUGGAUGCAAUGAAUCCUUCUUACAUGUCUUGGGUUGCUCUCUCAGCCAAGUAUCCUUGGUUUGAGAAGAUGCACAAGAUGAUGAAUGAACAUGUGUUGGCAGGGCCAGCCAUCCUCCUCACAACACCUAGCCUGGAUGCUACUGGCAAUGAGGAUUCUGAUCAUGUGCUCCCUGGCAGUGAUCUCAUGGAGGAAUCCAGCAAUGCAGACCUUGACCACACAGUGCAUGCCUGGAACCUACCCCCAAUCCAUGACCUGGUGGAUGCUGCUCCCAGUAAUGCUGGAGAUUGCACUGAUUUUGACAUCUCAACACCACCCCUGCAUCCCAUCCAAUUGGAUGCCCUGGUCUCAAGUCUGUCGACAUUCUCAAACUGGGCCUCAUCUUCACAAGCAAAUGGCUACAAGCACAAGUGUAACAAUGUUGAACAGAAGUGGGAUUCCCUUGCAGAGGCUUUCUAUCAAUCUUCGAUAGAAAGCCUAUCAAUUCACCUCAAGCUUGCGCAGGAGCACACCAAGCAAGAAGCAGAGCACACCAAGCAGGAAGAAUUGCAGUUACAGCAUGAGCAUGAGGAAAGGGAGUGA